AUGCCUCGGACGGAUAAAGCCCCCAUCAAGGCUGCAUGUCUUGCCUGCCGCUCUUCAAAAAUCCGCUGUGAUGGACAGAAGCCAUGUGAACCAUGCUCAAAUAGAGACCGAGAAUGCAGCUAUCAGCCCAGUCGCCGGGGUGGGCCUCGAAGGGGUGCUCGAUAUGCAGAGGUACUAAAACGCCGUUCUAUGUCGAAUAACCUACUGGCAUCAGAAGACCAGCCAAUGCAGCAGGAUCCGUCGCCUGAUUUGCCGGAAGAUCUUGACCCAGCUCUGGAUAGUUUGAUCAAUCUACUGGCUCCGUAUUCGGGCAUCCACAGCCUCGAUCUUUCCCCGGAUGCACUGCCCAACACCGGUGGGGCCAUACAGCUGUGGGGUCAGCUUACCCCAGAUAAUGACGGAACCUUUACUACGACGUCUGCCGAUGAGGUUCAGCCGGCCAUCAUUCGAGCUUACCAAUCUGAGAAAGACAUCCUUAACGCUUACUACAUCUUUAUUCAUCCAUAUUUCCCGCUGCUGCCCCCGCCAUUGGAGCUUCAAACGAAUGAUGAACCAACUAUUGUUCAAAUAUCCACGGAUCCCGAGGAUCCAAAACAGAGCGAUCUUCCAUACUGGCCCGCAACUCCCCUCAGCCUUGCCCUGUCUGCAAUUCUAGUGCUUGUGCCGCCUAAUCCGGAUAUUUUCCCGAUCACCAAUGCUGGUAUAAUUCUGCGACGAUCCUGGGCACAAAUGUUUGCUCAAGAAGCUUUAUCCCAUGUGGAAAGAGAAUUGGAUUUGUGUAUCCCAGAAUCCCUCUCCUCCAUGAUGGACGGGCAGGACCAGCUCCAUUCAAAAGUCCCACGGCCGGUGAAUUCUGUCUUAGCCCUGACCGCGCUGUCAAUCUAUGAGUACUGUCAAAGGGGGAAUGCGUCUCGAAUGCGAGCUCGGAUCAAUCAGGCCUACACUACAGCAGUAGAUAUGUCUCUCCAUGAUCUUGGGCCGAAUUCAUCGGAAUUUUCAGAAGCAAAGAGACGCGCUUGGUGGAUGAUUGUUUUCAUGCAAUAUUUGUCGUCAAGUGUUUUCUCUGUUCCGCCGAUGGUCUUUGCCGAUGAUCCUCGCAUAACAACCCCUUUUCCGAAAUUCGGCGUGCAAUUUGAGCCCUGGGCGUAUCUGAUGAAAGCAUUUGUCAUUCUGUACGAUUCAGGAAAGAUGACGAAAAAGAUUGAGCAAGUUACAACAGCAGAACCGUUUCCGAACUUCGGUAGCGAGAUCAAAGAAUUUGAUUCCAUCGUUGUAGCCUUAAUGAUGGAAGUCGACCAUGCUUUACGAGAAGCAUUCGAUCACCUGGGUGAGAGUCCUAUCGCGCAUAAUAUAUUGAGACUCAGCCGGAUCCUCGUCUAUACGCCUGAGCCAGCUACUGAGAUCGCGGAUGCAGAGCGUCUGAUAGAAGAACUCUGCCACGGAGUCGAGUACAUUGGGUCGACAUUCAAAUCUGAUUUGAUCUUUGAAGGUGUUGGUAGCAUGGGACGCGAGGUUGAGGCUGCCUAUCUUGCGGCGUUUCCGGAUCGACUGCAACUUGGCCCAAUAUAA